AUGGUUGUGUUUAAAGUGUUUAAACGCCAUUCCUCCCUUGUUUCCCUAUGGCACUUUACUAAAGUUGUAUGGAAGGGUAGCAAUGAGUUUGAAGUUGGCAAAGCGCUUGCUAAAGAUAGUAAAACAAUAGUGGUAGCCAGCUACAGACGAUUGGCAAGUUUGGGGAAAAUGUUCUCCCUCCAAAAGUACAGAAAGUACAGGAAGGGUACAGAUGAUUUUGGAAAACCUAGUCUUGAUGACACCAAGGGUACAGAUGAUUUUGGAAAACCUAGUCUUGAUGACACCAAGGGCAGUAAAGACUCAAAAAGUAAGCAUAAGAGGAAAGAUUCAAGCUCAUCAUCAUCAUCGUCGUCAUCAGAUGACGAAAAAUCAAAGAAGAAAAAGCCACAAAAUAUCAAAGAAUUUAUAGAUGAUGCAGUUAAAGUUCAUAAUGAAUUACGCGCAAAACACGGAGCAUCAAAACUGAAGCAUGCCAAAGACUUGUCAGACUAUGCACAGAAAUGGGUAGAAAACUUGGCAGCCAAGAAUGCAUUCCAGCAUGUGUGCUUAAGAGGGAAAGAAUUGGUGAAAAUAUUUGCUGCAAAUGGUCAUCAUCAGGGGCUGAUUACACAGGUGCUUGUUGCGAGGCGUGAAGCUUGUGAACAAUGGUACAGUGAAAUAAGUAAACAUGAUUUUUCAUCAGAGCCUAGAACAUUAAGAUCAGGUCAUUUUACACAGAUGGUCUGGAAAGGCAGCAAAGAAAUGGGCAUUGGGAAAGCCAAAACAUCAGGAGGCAAAGUCAUAGUCGUGGCUAAUUAUCGCCCAGCUGGCAAUCUUGUCGGUUCUUUUGUAGAAAAUGUUGCUCCUCCAAAGAAAUAA